GUGAGUACGAGUGAGGGUGUACCAUCACAAUUGCCCGACGGCCCUUAUCUUCUUAACCUUACUUGUCCCGCAUGGUCCACCGAAUGUCGGCAGCGUUCGUGGGUUUGUAAUGCCAAUCGUCAAAGCCGUCGUCUCGCGUGCGGUGACGUGAUCCGAUUCGGCGUUAUUGCGACCGGUGAUCUUGCACGUUGGCGGCGGCGGCCGACCCGAAGACGGCAUUGGGAGACGGGAGGGGUGGUGGUGGAACGCGAGGCAGCAGCGGAGACUUGGCCGCCGUGUUCGCGCGGCAGCCCGCAUCCUAGUCUUGCAGGUCCUGUGUCCGUAUCACGUGGCCAGACGCUGGUGAGAGCGGCGGCGGCAGAGGCGGCGGCGGCGGAGGUGGCGGCGGAAAUGGGGAGGGAGGAGGGUGAAGCGAUGACGCCAACGUCCACCGUCGAUCAGACGCUGAAUCCAAGGGUGGCCGCGCUCCGGCCGUCGAAGACAGUGGCCUUGACUGAUCAGGCCCGCGCAAUGAAAGCGGCGGGAAUUCCAGUGAUUGGCUUGGCGGCAGGGGAGCCAGAUUUCGACACCCCGUCGCCUAUUGUGGAGGCGGGAAUCAAGGCGCUAAGAGAGGGUUACACUCGCUAUACUCCCAACGCGGGGACGGAGGAGCUGCGCGUGGCUAUCUGUCGCAAGCUGAGCGAAGAGAACGGUCUAAAGUACGAGACAGACGAGAUUGUCGUCAGCAACGGCGCGAAGCAGAGCAUUCAACAAGCGGUUCUCGCUGUGUGCAGCCCCGGUGAUGAGGUCAUCAUUCCCGCUCCCUAUUGGGUCAGCUACCCGGAGAUGGCCACUCUCGCCGACGCCAAGAGUGUCAUCAUCCGCACCCGCCAAGACGACAAUUUCCUCUUGUCUCCGGAAGAUCUCGCCGCCCACCUUACUCCACAAUCAAGGGUUCUGAUUCUCUGUUCCCCCUCCAAUCCCACGGGAUCAGUCUAUCCGCACGAUCUGUUGCUUCGGCUGGCGGAGAUCGUCGCCGCCCACCCCCGCCUUCUCGUAAUCUCCGAUGAAAUCUACGAACACAUCACUUACGACGGCGUGCGCCACGUCAGCUUUGGAAGUCUUCCUGGCAUGUUCCACCGUACCAUCACCGUGAACGGCUUCUCGAAAGCUUUCGCUAUGACGGGCUGGAGGCUCGGCUACGUGGCAGCGCCACGUCACUUCGCCGUCGCUUGUAAUCGGAUUCAGAGCCAGACGACGUCCGGCGCGAACAGCAUCGCUCAGAAAGCGGCGAUGGCGGCGCUGGCCAUGGGAAGAGGAGGUGGGGAGAAGGUGGCGGCUAUGGUGGAAGCAUUCUGCGAGCGACGAGACUUCCUCGUCGCCAGAUUCUCGGCGAUCCCUGGCGUAAAGCUUGCGGUUCCGCAGGGCGCUUUUUACUUGUUCGUGGAUGUGAGCGCCUACUUCGGGGUGGAGGUGGAGGGUUUCGGCCUCGUUGACUCAUCCGAUUCCUUCUGUCGGUUUCUUCUGGACAUAGCGAAGGUCGCUCUGGUGCCUGGGGAUGCCUUCGGCGAGCCGUCUUGCGUCCGCAUAUCGUAUGCGGCAGCUAUGACCACUCUAGAGGAUGCUAUGGAAAGAAUAGACAAGGCCUUGGCGUCGCUCCGUACUUCUCCUGCCUUCCCCUCUUCCUCUCCUUCUUCCUCUCCUUCUUCCUCUCCAUGUUCUCCCUCUUCUGUCGUCGCAUGACCUCGUCUUUUCUCGAUCUUCAUCUUUCCCACAAAUGUAUGCUUCGGACCAAUCCAUCGAGACACC